AUUACCAAAAGGCGGAAACAUUCAACUCAAGUCCAACAACGCAGCUUCUCAGGGGAGACGUCCAUUCAAUACACUCUUGAUCAGGUGGAAGGUCAUUUGGUGAAUUCUGACCACAGAUUUGAGUCUGCGAUUGCUGUGAGUCCAGACCGAAUGUCGACACCGGCCUUGACCCCCCCGUCCUCUCCAAGUGGCGAAGCCACAUCUCGCGUGGCAUCCGAUCUCCACAGACUUCUGCACAGACAUGGCAUUGCGGCAGACAAGACUGAAUGGGAUAGAUGUAUGCACACUUUUUGCAACGAGAUUCACACCAUGUAUCCACUCCUUCAUCUCCCGACGCUGUGGCAUCGAUACACGGAGAUGUGGGCCACAUGGUCUUUGGCAGAUCCGGAGCGCCGUAUGCCGAUCGGCCGCCACAAACAAUUUGCGAUGGCUCAGCUACUGAUUUGUCUUGCCACGGGACGUUGUACCGCAUCCCCUCGCAUCGCUGGUGCAGAGGCUCGGCACUCUGCGGGUUGGAGUCUAUACAGAGCGGCGGCAGAGCUCGUCGGCGACAUACUCAAUUGCUUUGAGGAGUGCUCCGAUCAGGUCUUGGUGCUGCAGACUCUAGCUUUGAUGGUCAUUUAUCUCUUCCGUUUGGAUAUAAUUGGCAGGGCAGAAAAGCUCCUCGCGAUUGCCAUUUCUCACGCUCAGUACCUGGGGCUUCAUCGGUCCCUGCCUGCUAUGGACGGGCUGAAACCAUCCGACGUCGAAAUCAAUCGGCGGCUUUGGUGGUGUCUCUAUACCAUGGAUCGCCGACUCGCCAUUGACACUGGACGCCCAUUUCUAAUCCAAGACAUGAACGUGAAUACACCACUACCACAGGGCCUAGAUGAUGAUUGCCUCUUUUAUCGUCAAGUGUGCACAAAUUUGAGUCUAGCCUCCGCUCCGAAAACACACGGCAGAGCCACAGGCGCAGUGACCCCAAUCCCGUAUCUUGCUGCAAUGGUGAUCUAUUCUCGAGUGCUGGCAAAGGUUUGGGAGGGGAUGUACGGCGCUGAUUCAGCCAUGCAGUCUUCUCCUCGAAACAGUCACCUGCUUCGCGAACAUUUCGAGCACUUGAUCUCUCGGGCGCAAAGGGAGGUUCCACCAGAGUUUGUCUACCACCUUGGGCAGGAGGAAUCCCAAUCCAAGAAGCCAGUAGGCUGGCUAGCCAAGCAGCAAAAGCUCAUGCGGGUCCGAUGGCUCUCGCUGCGUCUACUCAUCCGCAGGCCCAUGCUUCAAGAGACCACCUCUUCCCCAGCCAUCAUUCUUACCGGGCUGGACAAUGAACGGAUCUGUGCACAAAUUGCCAGUGACGUGAUUCAAGAUUGCAUUGAGAUUUGCGAGGAGCAGACGGUCUUCACAUAUCCUUUUUUUCAUUAUCUACUGAGCGCUGCCAUCAUCUCAAUCGGACUCAUAAUAAAACAGCCGUCUUGCAAGGAUGCAUUUGGCGACAUGGCCCUGAAAGCAAUUCAUGCUUUGGAAUCCUACCCUCGUAAAACAUGGAUCUCAGGGAAGUUGAUCCGGAACGUGUCAAAGCUGGGUCACAUCGUACGGCGAGUCAUG